UCUCACAGCAGGGGUGGCUGGGGGUGCUGGUGAGGCUGUGCCCAGCUGGAAGGGAAGGGUGUGCCUUGGGUCUCCUCCCGAAUCUGAGUUCAUUCCUGGAAGGGGGAGUGGCACGAGCAGAGGGUGCAGAGCAGCAGGGGCGGUUCUGAGUGUCACUGGAGGCCGAGGGGCCUGGCUGGUGGGGCAGGGGCCAGGGCAGUGCCCAUCUCCCCCUUAGUGCCCAGGCAGGAGGGGAGCUGGUUUGGAGCAGGGCCCUGAUGGCAUCUUUGUGAGAGCCAGGAAAAGGCACCUCCUCUGGGAACACAGGGCCCUGGGGGAGUUAGAGAUGGGGAGGGCCUGUGGGCCCCACCUGGGCGAGCUUGGGGGAAAAUGCCUCUGAGGGGCUCCAAGCUGCGCAGCCCUCAGGACUUGGCAGCCCCAGCACACACCCACAUUUACACACAUGCUUUUGCUCACACAACCCGUGCACACACCCACACUCACUCGCAUUUACACACAUGCCACACACUUGCACAUUUGAUCCACACGCACAGACAAGCGUCCUCUCUCACAAGUUUGCACAUACAAACCCUCACAGUCACAUAUCACACACACACAGCUUGCAAGUCAUGGCCUUCAUUUCCAGAACCCAAAUGAGGGCUUGGCACUGACUGCCCCCAGCCACCCCAUGUGCACCAGUGGGUUUUCCUCCUGAUCUGCAAGGGCAUUUUUCCAAAGAAAACAUGCUGCAAACUGACACCAGCGUGGCUUUGCAAGUGACACGCUAUCUUUAUUUUUUUUUAUUAAUGCUGCAUGAAAUAAAAAAAUUUACACACAGGGAUGUGUAUUCCAGCAUGGGACUGUGUGGGGCCCCAGAAGGUGUUGGUGGGACUCCCUACAAGGUGAGUCGGCUCCCAGAAGCCCCAGGGCCUGGUCCGGCUGUCCUGGCCCCAGCCUCAUCCCCUGCAGUAGGUGGAAGACAGGAUCUCCAGGGAACCCAGCUGCUUUGGGCCCAUGGCAGUGAGGUGGGUGGGCGGAAGGCCAAGAGCAAACAGGAAAAUCUGGAGUCCCUGGAGGCAACUGGCAGAGCAGAGGAAGGAGGCCAAGGGCACUGCCCUGCUGUGCUACUCCUGCAAGGCCCAGGUGAGCAACGAGGACUGCCUGCAGGUGGAGAACUGCACCCAGCCGGAGGAGCAGUGCUGGACCGAGCGCAUCCGCGCAGUUGGCCUCCUGACCGUCAUCAGCAAAGGCUGCAGCUUGAACUGCGUGGAUGACUCACAGGACUACUACGUGGGCAAGAAGAACAUCACGUGCUGUGACACCGACUUGUGCAACGCCAGCGGGGCCCGUGCCCUGCAGCCGGCUGCCGCCAUCCUGGCGCUGCUCCCUGCACUCGGCCUGCUGCUCUGGGGACCCUGCCAGCUGUAGGCUCUGGGGGGCCCCGCUGCAGCCCACACUGGGUGUGGUGCCCCAGGCCCCUGUGCCACUCCUCACACACCCGGCCCAGUGGGAGCCUGUCCUGGUUCCUAAGGCACAUCCUAACACAGGUCUGACCAUGUAGCUCUGCGCCCCAUCCCUCACCCUCACCCUCCCAUGGCCCUCUCCAGGACUCCCACCCGGCAGAUCGGCUCUAGUGACACAGAUCCGCCUGCAGACGGCCCCUCCAACCCUCUCUGCUGCUGUUUCCAUGGCCCAGCAUUCUCCACCCUUAACCCUGUGCUCAGGCACCUCUUCCCCCAGGAAGCCUUCCCUGCCCACCCCAUCUAUGACUUGAGCCAGGUCUGGCCCAUGGUGUCCCCUGCACCCAGCAGGGGACAGGCACUCAGGAGGGCCCAGCAAAGGCUGAGAUGAAGUGGACUGAGUAGAACUGGAGGACUGGGGUUGGCGUGAGUUCCUGGGAGUCUCCAGAGUUGGGGCCUGGAGGCCUAGAGGGAGGGGCUGGGCCUCACAUUCGUGGGGCUCCCUGAACGGCAGCCUCAGCACAGCA